AUGGAGCAUGAAAGGCUUAUCAAAAAGAGGGGUUCAGUCAAAGCAAAGUUAACAAAUUUUCAAAAGUAUGUGGAUAACUUGGUGUCUAUUUUUCCACAAUUUUUAAUUGAAGAUCAAGUUGUUUUUAUCGAGCUUAAGCAACGCGUAGAUCGUUUUCAAGGCGUGUUGGACGAAUUCGAUGGUAUACAGGGACAGAUAGAAUUAAUUAGCGACGACCCAGAGGCACAAUAUCUCGAACGCGAAAUCUUUGAGGCCGCCUAUUACGGAAUAGAGGCCAAAGCCAAACGUUUUUUGGUACAAAAUAUAAAGAGCGAUGUCUCUAAUAGUACUAUAGUUAGUAACGAGACGAAAAAGGCUUACGGGGUAAAGCUACCGAUUAUUGAAAUCUCUACCUACGAUGGAGAGUACGAAAGGUGGCUUGAAUUUCGGGAUACUUAUGAAUCGUUAAUACAUCAAAACAUAAACUUAUCGAGCGUACAGAAAUUUCAUUAUCUCAAAUCGUAUCUCGGUCCUAGCGUGCUUGAAAUUAUCGCAAGCUUAGAACUAUCGGCAAUAAAUUAUGAAACUGCGUGGGCUUUGAUUUGUGAUAGAUUUAAUAAUAGUAAAAUGUUAAUUCAGAAUCAUGUAAAGGCUUUGUUCAAUGUUGAAAAACUACAAGUAGAAUCUUCCAGUGGUUUGCGUAAGUUGGUUGAUAGUGUUGCCAAGCAUUUGCGAGCGCUCAAAACCCUAAAUGAACCUGUAGAGACUUGGGAUACCCUUGUUAUUUAUAUGAUAAGUGGCCCUUGUAAAACGUGCAGGGCGAAACAUAAUACGCUUCUACAUUUCAACUCGAAGCCUGACAGCAACGCAAACGCGUCUGGAAGCAACCAAAUCGAAAACAUUGAAGAUAUGCACCGGGAGCGUGUAAACUUGUCCUCCUUAAACAUAUCAACCAAUCAAGUAUUAUUAGCUACGGUGUUAGUUGACAUUCUUGACAAACACAACAAGCCAUGUACUGCGCGUGCCUUACUUGAUGCCGGUUCUCAAAGUAGUUUUCUCACCCAGCAGCUUUCGAGAAAAUUACAGUUAUCAGAAAGCUCAAUCAAUAUUAAAAUUUGCGGAUUUAGCGAUUCCGAGUCAGAGUGUAAAAGCAAAUGUGUUGCACGCAUUAAAUCUAAGGUUAAUGAUUUCUCCUUUGAGAUUUCUUGUUUAAUAGUUCCUCAUAUAACGAGUAAUUUGCCUAAUUUCAGAAUUAACAGAAGCAAGUUAAACAUUCCUCCCAACAUAACUUUAGCUGAUCCCAAAUUUGAUUCAGCAGGGAAUGUAGAUAUGUUAAUAGGGGCCGAUUAUUUUUGGGAUCUAAUAUGUGUAGGUCAAAUAAGGUUGGGUGCAGAGGGCCCGUUUGCACAAAAAACAAAAUUAGGUUGGAUUAUUUCGGGUCGCAUGGGAGGCGGAUCGCAUCAAAGGGUACGAUGCCAGCUCGCUAAAAAUAUUGACGUUGACGAGCAGCUCACGCGUUUUUGGGAAAUUGAGGAGUUCCCACGCACCAAGCUUAUGUCAAAUGAGGAAAGGGCCUGUGAAGAUCAUUUUCGUAAAACAUUCAAACGCGACAGUGACAAUAAGUUUAUUGUAACAAUCCCUCUAGUAGAAGAUCCAGAUAGGUUAGGGGACUCCUUUGAUACAGCGCACAAAAGGUUCUUAUCCUUGGAACGAAGGUUUGAUCGUGACGACUCCUUUAAGACAGAAUAUUGCAAGUUCAUGAGCGAAUAUGAGAGGUUGGGACAUAUGCUUAAGGUUGACAAUAAACAAAACAGCGCAAUUUCUUAUUAUUUGCCUCACCACGGCGUCUUAAAGGAAAGUACUCUAACAACCAAACUUCGCGUUGUAUUUGAUGCUUCGUGUCCUAGUACGUCUGGAAUUUCCUUUAAUGAUUUGCAGAUGACAGGCCCUACCAUUCAGUCAGAUCUUUUCAGUAUUUUGAUUCGUUAUAGACAGCACAAUUAUGUCAUUGCCGCUGAUGUGGAGAAGAUGUAUCGCAUGUGCAAAAUAAAUGAAACCCAAAGGACCUUACAACGUAUUUUGUGGCGCAACAACAAAACCGACGAAAUAGGCACUUAUGAAUUGCAGACCGUUACUUAUGGUACCAAAUCGGCAGCGUUUUUAGCGAUAAGAUGUCUCUUUCAGUUAGGAAUCGAAUGUGAGGCGGAAUUUCCCGAAGUUGCUCGAGCAAUAAAGGAAGAUUUCUACGUAGACGAUCUUCUGACGGGUUCCGAGACCGUAGAAAAGACGGUUGAAAUUGGAAAUAGCAUAGCGUUGACACUCGGUAAAGCUGGAUUUUAUUUGCGUAAGUGGGUAUCCAAUAGCAACAAGGUUCUAGAAGGUAUACAUACUAACGAUAAGGCUGACUCAAUUGAUUUAGGCGUGAACGAGAACACAAAAACUUUGGGAUUGUUUUGGAAUGGCCAAAGGGACUGUCUGUUCUAUAAAAUAAGUGAUGGUUCCCGGAAAAAUAUCACUAAACGCGUUGUUCUCUCGGAGAUAUCACAAUUAUUCGACCCGUUAGGUCUAUUAAGUGCGACCAUAGUUCUAGCAAAAAUUAUUUUACGUGACAUAUGGUUAGAAAGGUUAGAGUGGGAUAAUUCCUUAUCAUAUAGUUUACAUUCAAGAUGGUUAUUAUUCCGAGAUCAGUUAAGUUCUUUAAAUAGCCUUGAAAUAGGCCGUAGAGUAAUCUGUACAAAUCCUAUACUAGUUGAAAUGCACGGAUUUUCGGACGCCUCGGCCUAUGCCUAUGGCGCUUGUGUCUAUAUUAAAUCGGAAAACGCUGAGGGCGAUACUUUAGUUAGACUUGUAUGCGCAAAAUCAAGGGUCGCACCUCUUAAAACGCAAACCAUUCCUAGGUUGGAACUUAUGGCUGCGUUGUUACUCUCAAGAUUAGUAAACAAGGUAAAAUCGUCUUUAAAGGUUUUUAUUAACAGAGUCGUCUGUUGGUGCGAUUCUACGAUCGUAUUAGGUUGGUUACGUAUGAACCCUAACUCACUGCAAGUAUUUGUGGCUAAUCGUAUUGUAGCAAUCCAGGAGCACGCGGACGUCACUGAAUGGAGACAUGUUCCAACGCAGGACAACCCCGCUGAUUACGUUUCUCGUGGCGUUAAUCCAUGUGAUUUGUUAGCUCUUAACACCUAUUGGCUAGGCCCUGCGUGGCUAAAGCUAAAUGAACAGUUUUGGCCUACAAAAGGGAUUUCGCAAGAAAGCUUGCCUGAAGUGCGCAAAAUAGUGCAAACAAAUGCUGCUACUACGAUCGAUUGCGUUAUUGAUUUUUCGAAAUAUUCUAGUUUAUGUAAUGCUUUAUUAACCUUUGAGCGAUUUUACACCUUAUUAGUUCAAAUAGAGGCGGUCUUAAAUUCGCGUCCAUUGACUCCAUUAUCUAAUGACCCCUCAGACUAUAUACCUUUGACGCCGUCACACUUUUUGAUCGGACGGCCCUUAACUGCAGUGCCUGAACUAGAAUUCAUGCAGCUUCCAGAAAACCGUCUCUCCCACUUUCAGCAAGUCCAGAGGCUUCAGCAACAUUUUUGGGCAAGAUGGUCCCUCGAAUACGUGUCUGAACUACAGCAACGUGUGAAGUGGAGGAGUAAUUACGAGAUUUUAAAGGUUGGCGAUCUAGUUGUCAUAAAGGAAGACAACUUGCCUCCGUGCAAAUAG